AUGCGAGAUGAGCAGGGCUCGACAGCGUUGCAUAUCGCUUCGAUUUCUAAUCAGACGAAUAUGAUCGAGCUUUUACUCUCAAAUGGCGCAGAUAUAAAUAGCCAGGGUAAAGAUGGAUUCACAGCAUUGCAUUUUGCCGCAUCGAUUGAUGGAAAGCUGAGUACACUCGACGUAUUGCUCGCACAUGGCGCAGACGUGGGUAUCCAAGAUGAUAAUGGCUCGACAGCGUUGAGUAUCGCUGUAGGGGAUAACAGCCUAGAUAUGGUCGAAGCCUUGCUUGCAGGUGGAGCAGACAUGAAAGUCCAAGACAAUGCAGGAUGGACAGCGUUGCAUAUUGCUGCAAGUUCAGACUUCAAAUAUGUAGCUGAAGAACUGCUCGCACCUGGUGCAGGCGUGGAUAUUCGAAAUGGAAAUGGCCAGACAGCUUUACACAUGGCCGUGAAC